AUUUAAAGGGAAGCAGCCAUUCCGAAAGCGUUCCCCAACCCCUCCCCGUUUUUCUAACUGGUCAUUCAGGACAGCACCGUUUCCGUUAAAUUGAACGUUGCACCCCGAUUUUUCGUAGCCUACUGAACGCAGCACUGGGUCACAAUGACUUAAUCGCUGCCGCUACAGUAAAAAAAAAACCAGAACCUAUAGGCGGACGAACAUCAAGGGAGCCAUGAUUCCUGUGACAGAGUUCCGGCAGUUCUCAGAGCAGCAGCCACAGUUCCGGGUUCUGAAGCCCUGGUGGGAUGUGUUCACAGACUACCUCUCUGUGGUCAUGCUAAUGAUCGGAGUGUUCGGAUGCACCCUACAGGUGAGGCAGGACAAAAUAAUCUGCCUUCCCCAAAAAAUGACCAUGUACAACCAAACAAUACUCUUACCAAAUAAAACUGCUGUGCAGCCAGAUGUCCCCGAGAUGAUGGGCCGGAAAACGAACCUGGACUUCCAGCAGUAUAGCUUCAUCAACCAGAUGUGCUAUGAGAAAGCUCUGCACUGGUACGCCAAGUACUUCCCUUACCUAGUCCUCAUACACACCCUCAUCUUCAUGGUGUGUAGCAAUUUCUGGUUCAAGUUCCCAGGUUCCAGCUCUAAGAUAGAGCAUUUCAUCUCCAUCUUGGGAAAGUGCUUCGACUCCCCCUGGACUACCAGAGCUCUGUCCGAGGUAUCUGGAGAGAACCCAGAGGAGAAGGUAUUGUUGGACACCAAGAAGAGUAGAGCGAUCCUCAAUGUGUCUAUAGAGGGGAACCUGGACAACCUGGAGAAGACCCAGUCCCUCAAAUCCGUCCCAGAGAAGAUCGUAGUGGACAAGCCCACAGCCAGCGCCCUGGAUAAGAAGGAAGGAGAACAGGCCAAAGCUCUAUUUGAGAAGGUGAAGAAGUUCCGCCUGCACGUCGAAGAGGGGGACAUCCUCUAUGUUAUGUAUGUUCGCCAGACUGUUCUCAAGGUGUUCAAGUUCCUCCUCAUCAUCGCGUAUAACAGUGCUUUAGUCUCUGAGGUGCAGAUCACAGUGAAGUGCAGUGUGGACAUACAGGACAUGACGGGAUAUAAGCAUUUCUCCUGUAAUCACACCAUGGCCCACCUGUUCUCUAAGUUGUCGUACUGUUACCUGUGCUUCGUGGCUGUGUACGGAUUCACCUGCCUCUACACUUCCUACUGGCUCUUCUACCGCUCGCUGAAGGAGUACUCCUUUGAAUACGUGCGGCAAGAAACGGGAAUCGAUGACAUCCCAGACGUAAAGAAUGACUUUGCCUUCAUGCUGCACAUGAUCGACCAGUAUGAUCCACUGUAUUCCAAGAGGUUCGCAGUGUUCCUGUCUGAGGUCAGCGAGAACAAACUGAAACAGCUGAACCUGAACCAUGAAUGGACGCCAGAGAAGCUGCGUCAGAGACUGCUGACCAACCACAACGACAGACUGGAGCUGCAGCUGUUCAUGCUGUCUGGGCUCCCGGACACCAUCUUUGAGGUGACUGAGCUCCAGUCCCUGAAGCUAGAGAUCAUCAACAAUGUAACCAUCCCAGCUUCCAUCACCCAGCUGGAAAACCUCCAGGAGCUGUCUCUGUAUCAGUGUUCCUUAAAGAUCCACACCACAGCCACUUCCUUCCUUAAGGAGAAACUCAAGGUGCUCAGGGUGAAGUUUGAUGACAGCAGGGAGCUACCUCAUUGGCUGUACCACCUGCGGAAUCUAGAGGAGCUCUACCUCAUUGGCUCACUGAGUCCUGACGCUUCGAAGAAUGUGGGUCUGGAGUCCCUGAGGGAGCUGAAGCAUCUGAAGACCCUCUCGAUCAAAAGUAACUUUACAAAGAUCCCCCAGUCCAUUGUGGACGUGUCCAGCCACCUGCAGAGGCUGUACAUCUACAAUGACUGCACCAAGCUGGUGAUGCUCAACAACCUGAAGAAAAUGGUGAACUUGACUGAAUUGGAGCUGGUGCACUGUGACCUGGAACGCAUCCCACAUGCUAUCUUUAGCCUCACAAAUCUACAGGAGUUGGACCUGAAGGAAAACAACCUGCACUCCAUUGAGGAGAUAGUCAGCUGCCAGCACCUUCGCAAACUGACGUGCCUGAAACUCUGGCACAACAGUAUCUGCUACAUCCCUGAGCACAUCAAGAAGCUGGGCAGCCUGGAGCGCCUCUACUUCAGCCACAACAAGAUAGGGAUCUUGUCCCCACACCUGUUCUUAUGCAACAAGCUUCGUUACCUGGACCUGUCCAACAAUGACAUCCGGUUCAUUCCACCAGAGAUCGGCGUCCUACAGAGUCUUCAGUAUUUCUCUGUCACGUGCAACAAGAUCGAGAACCUCCCAGACGAGCUCUUCUUUUGCAAGAAGCUCAAAACCCUCAAGCUGGGCAAGAAUAUGCUGUCGUUGCUCUCACCAAAGAUCUCAUACCUGGUUCUAUUGACACAUCUGGAACUGAAGGGCAACCAUUUUGAGCUCCUGCCUCCAGAGCUGCGGUUCUGUCGGGCGUUGAAGCGUGGCGGCCUAGUAGUGGAGGACGUCCUGUUUGAAACCUUGCCUUCGGAUAUCAGAGACAAAAUGAAGGCUGAGUGAAAUGCUUUACAGUAUCUAUGCAAAGGACCCUGCCAUACACUAGCGUCCUGUCCAGGGGGUGUACUUGUACAUCAAGCUGCCUUACAUAAACAGGAGAUUGGCUUCUGCCAUAUGGGCCAUUCUGGCUUGGACAAGCCAAUUUACAUGUCUGUGCAAAAAUAAAAUGCCAAUUUUGUCUUAAUCUGACAAUCAUAGUCAACCAAAAUUGUAGAUUUUACUGUAUACUUAGCUCAUCAUGAUCAAACUCUAAACACUAUACCCUCAGUUCGUAAUGGGGAACUGUUAUGAUAUUCAUGGGUGUAUGUUUUUGAGUAUUAUGUCUAAGUGUUGCUAUAUAACAGAAGGAAAUAUGUUGUAAUUUAAUGGUUCUUAACAAUAUAAUUAGUCACAGGCAUGGUAUACUUAGCCCUGGUACCAGCCUAUUUGUGCCAGGGGACAACAAAUGCCCACUUUCAUUGAAGCCACGGAAGUUCAUGGCUGACUGCAGUUUUGCAGGCAUUGAUAGCAGAAAACAGGAUCCCCAUUAUAGUGAAUGAAAAAAUGUCAAUCUUUGUGGUCAAUGCGCUAUUGCAUCUUCACAUAAGAAUGAAUGGUGUCAUGUGAUGGAUGUCUUUGUCCAUUCAUAUAUACAGUCAUUGAUUUGUGCUAACAUUCGACUGCUUGUACUCGUAAUGUUUUGCAUGACAUGGAGUGUAGUGGCAAUGAGUGGAAUGAUAGCAUAAACAGAUAUGGGACCAAGCUAAGGUAUACUGUCCAUCAGAUGAUAUCAAUUACUAGAUUGCUUGUUCUUGUAUUGUCGAUACUGUUAUUUAUUACACUGUAAUGUAUUGUGCAGUUUGUCUAGCACGCUUCAUUCAACAUAAACUGGAUAGAAUGCAGGCUUAUAAUCAGAAAGAUAGAAUGCAUACUAGAAUGAAAAUUGUUAAGAAUUCUCUAGUCUGUGGGGUAAAAGUGGGGAGAAGCAUUCAAGGCAGGUGUCCUCUAGCCAUCUCUAUGGUCACUUGAGGACAGACGGCAUUCAUGACAGGUGUGCCCUCUAACCAGCUCUAUGGCCAGGUACAAAAACAGGCAGGUUUGAGGGCACCUCCUUUCAAUUCCGGCAGAGACGGUAGAGAAGCAAAACAUCCCACACCCACAUUUUUCCUGAUCGAGGCGGGGCCACUCUGGUCUACUUAUUGCCCUGACCCCGCGGAAGGGGUGCCCCAGAGACUAGGGAAAGGAGAUAUCUCACUGGCUUUUUUUUUCUGGUCGGGGAGGGUGGAGCGAGUGGGAAGGGGACAAUAAGUAGACCAGCGACAGCUGUUCCCUCUUUCAUGUGAGCAUGCCAGAUAUUAUAGAGGCAGUGAGCUCACACUGGAAAGCAUGCUUAAAGUAUUUUUAGCAUAUUUGAGCAUAUUAGCGUAUGUGCUACUGUGCAUCUGCUGGUACAGUGUGAAUAUCUUUGAAUGCAUCAAUGUUAACUCUUUAGGGACUAUUGUGAUGAGUCCAAAGACCAACAUUGGAGUGAAUCUGACUUUUGUCUAUGAGAAUAUUUUUAUGAUAAGUUUUACAUAGUUAAUUGUUAGUAGUUCAAAGGAUUAAAAUGGACAGACACAUAAAAUCUGAUUUCCUGAUUUAUCAAUAAGUCAGACAUCUCCAAACCAAUCCCUUAGCUUUUCUCAAACUAAGUAUUUAAGAUAUGUACCAUGAGGCUAUAUACCUUGUUAUUUGGAAAUGGUUCAUGAGAAGAAGUGUUUAGGAUUUCCAAGAGGGAGGGAAAUCUAUCCUGACGGAUCUUAUGGGUUCUUGAGGCAAAUUGUUCAGCAUGAGAAAUGACACGUAGGUACAAAGUUUUUUAUUAAGUCUCUAGGUCAAAUGGGGCAGGGGAAAUGAGGGUUUAAGUGAGACUACUUAUAACAGUGCCACCUACAGGCCAAUUGGUGCCAUUAUUUUUUAUCAAGUUCCUCAUGGCCUCUAGUUUAUGUCUGCCCAGUACCACGUACCUAUAGAAGCAUUUUAGCCACAGACUGUUAUACUAGUUGUCUUUGUUUUAUACAUUUGCAAUUAUAUAAGGAAUCGGUAACUCAUUCUCCUUCUAAGAAACAAGGUUGUCCACUUGAUUUCAACUUCUGAACAAAGUGGACAGGCUAGAAUGCUGUUCAAACAGUUGGAGAUGUACAGAAGGGUAUGUUAAUAAUAAUUCAACUGUUCUACCUUGCUAGCUAGCAAAUAGAUCCAAGUUGGCUUGACUUUAAUUAUAAAGAUGAGCCGUCUACUCACUAGCACGUGGGGGCUUGUGCUUGGUAAUAGAGCUGGGUGGCAAAAAUCUAUAUCGUGAUAAAUUGCCUGAAUUGAUGUGAUAACGAUAAAUAUAAUGAUACGUUUAUAACAUUAACCUCUACAGGAUCGGUGUCGUCCCCCCUCACAGGACGGUUGAGCUAACGUAGACUAAUGUGAUUAGCAUGGGGUUGUAAGAACAUUUUCCAGGACAUAGACAAAUGAUAUAAGCAGAAUGCUUACAUUUUUGUUAAUCUAACUGCACUGUCCAAUUUACAGUAGCUAUUACAGUGAAAGAAUACCAUGCUAUUGUUUGAGGAGAGUGCACAGGUAUGAACUUGAAAAUGUAUCAAUUAACCAAUUAGGCACAUUCAGGCAGACUUCAUACAGAAAUCAUACAGAAAUCCAAUGGUUCAUUGGAUCAGUCGAAAACUUUGCUCAUACACGGCAGGUAGCCUAGGGGUGGCAGGUUAGAGCGUUGGGUCAGUAACCAAAAGGUUUCUGGAAAAUGAACGCUCUCAUCCACGCUCGUCAUAACACUACAGCCAAAAUGGGAGCCACCUGGAAAAACUACAAAUUCUAGCUCAUUUUUUCAAAAAACAAGCCUGAAACUCUUUCUAAAGACUGUUGACAUCUAGUGGAAGCCCUUAGGAACUGCAAUCUGGGAGGAAUUAUUUUUAUAUUCCCAUUGACAGCCAUUCUAAUCAGUGAUGAGCUGGGGGGGAAAAUGCUGGAUGGAUUGUCCUCCGGGUUUCUGCGUGCCAUAUCAGUUCUGUUAUACUCACAGACAUUAUUUUAACAGUUUUGGAAACUUUAGAGUGUUUUCUAUCCAAUACUACCAAUUAUAUGCAUAUCCUAGCUUCUGGUUCUGAGUAACAGGCAGUUUACUUUGGGCACUUCAUUCAUCCUAACUUCCGAAUACUGCCCCCUAGCCCGAAGAAGUUAAACUAUUUCAAUAAAAUAGUGCAUUUAUUAGUGGGUCUUAUGCUUGUGGAAGGCUUAUAUUGAGCCUAAAUAUAAUUAUGCAAGCCCUGAAUUCGUUAGAGUAUUGCUGACUGUUUAAAUGCUGUGUAUUUUACUGUUAAUUGUACAACAAAGCAUAUUUAGAGAACUUUUUUUUUUUAAUUGAAAGAUAUAUCGGGAAUCACCCACAAGUUAAAAUAAAUCGAGAUAUAAUUUUUUGGCCAUGCCCAGCCCUAACUUCAAGUAGUAGAAGAAGAAAAUGUACUACUUCGAAAUGGAGAUGCCUUCAAUGGCGCUGCCCUUAGUCCACUCUUCAGUACAUGACACACUCACAUCAGGCAAGGAUGCACAGGUUUCUUGGAGGCAGAAAUACCCCAUCGUCAACUGCGGCCAUUUUUGUUUAGAAGUAAUAUCUAGAUUUACGUCUAAACAAAAACCCUACUUUGGGUUCUUGUAUGCUUACAAUGUUGUUUUGAUUAUUGCUUGAACAGUCGCUAAGAUUAAAUUUGUUUGUGACCUUUGCAAAAAUACCUAUUUUGGAUCCAGCAGUUGUUAGCUAGAAUGCUAACGGACAUUUUACUGGUUGAAGUUGAAGAGCUUUUUAAGUAUAAUGCCGUUUUUACAUUAUAUUAAGCAAGGCAUUCAUACGAGUCUUAAAAUCCAAUUUUAAUCCUAAAGUAGUCUGAAAUGCACUCAUAAGCAACAUGUAAAUGGAGGCUUCUUUUGCUGGUGGUCUAUGAGAACUCCCCCUUGUUUGCAACCAAUAUAAUAAUAAAUGGUGGGUUAUAUUUUUCCUAUUGGAAAUGUGUUUUUUUGAGUAUCCCAACUCCCCCUGAUACACCCUCGGAGACUGGGGUCAUGGCCAUUAUCAACGGCGACCCUGGAGCAAUUAGGGUUAAGUGCCUUGCUCAAGGGCACAUCCACAGAUUAUUUCCACUUUCUAGGUUAGGUUACCCUUGUGCAGCAAUGUUUGCAAACGCAGAAAGGAGUCUGUUCUCUCACAGACAACAUAAUGGGACAUAUACAGUGUUUCGUCCUCUAACUAUCUCUGUGGUACCAACACCAAGUCAAGUAGCCAUUUUGAUUAAUUGAUCUGUUUUUUCUGUUACAUGUAGUUGCUAAUUGACACACCUUAAAUCACUGUACACACCUUUUGAGCAUUUGCUUAUAUUAUGCUAAUUAAGGCCUCUUUUUUGUGGCUAUUGCAUUGCUGCUUGAAAUCUUUUCGUGAGCUUUAUAUUGUUUGAUUGCCUGCCAUAUGCUAUGCUAUGUAGCCACAGCUAGCUUGCUCUAGCUUUUGUCUUCUAUGCCACAUGCAAUUGCAGCCUCUUUGCCAUGAGAUUUGUUGUAUUGCUGCACUAAUUAUGUAUAGCUUUACUCAUUUACAUUGUAUUUGUAUAUUGUCAUUGCAUUGAUAUUCAUAUUAUACAAGUUAACAGCCACAUAAUUAUGCACAUUAUUGCGUGUUAUUAUUUGUAGAUUUUACUUUUGUAGAUAAACCACACAUACCUGCGUACCAGUAACUCGAGACCUCGGGACUAUAAGGUUCUAACUGUCAUUUUUGUUAAAAUAAACUCAGCAAAAAAAGAAA